AUGGUGAGGGCAAGCCUUUCCUUGGUUCAUCCUACUUUUGCUUAUAUUCGUCCCAUCCACACUUCCUCUCAGCUUUUCAAACUCCAUCAUCUUCAAUCUCUAGGCGUCACCGUCUUCCAAGGGGAGUUAGAUGAGCAGGACAAGCUAGUCUCUUGUCUUCAACAGGUUGAUGUUGUCAUUUCCACAGUGGCUGUUCCUCAGCAUCUGGAGCAACUCAAGCUAAUCAAGGCCAUCAAGCAAGCUGGCAAUAUCAAGGGAUUUGUUCCCUCAGAAUAUGGAAACGAAGUGGACAGACUGCAGGGGCUUCGACCAUUCGAGGAUGCUCUUGAAAACAAGAGGAAGAUGAGAAGGGCAACAGAAGAAGCAGGAAUCCCCUACACUUACAUCUCCGCUAACUCAUUUGCAGCCUACUCCAUCAAUUAUCUGCUUUAG